AUGUCUUCAGAUAACCAGUGGUCAGCAGAUAAGGAUGAAAGCCAAUUGUCCCGACUGAUCAGGAAAUCUAGAGACUCUCCUUUUGUUCCUGUAGGAAUAGCAGGCUUUGUGGCUGUGGUGUCCUAUGGUCUUUACAAGUUAAAGUACAGAAGAGAUCAGAAAAUGUCCAUUCAUCUUAUUCACAUGAGAGUUGCUGCACAAGGAUUUGUUGUAGGAGCUGUGACUCUAGGUAACCUGUUUAAUUUGUAUCUUGUGUCCAGCUGUCUUUGAGAAUAUUUUUUAUUCAUUUAUAUUAGAAGAAGAAUAUUUGGUCAAGACAAUACUUGUUUUGAAAGGGUGAGGUUAGGCAAGUAAGGGGAGAGCCUUGGGU